AUGGCAACUGUUGCGGCAACGGAUGCUGCCCGAAGGAUCACACAUGUUUCUAUGCAAAUUCGUGAGACGACGUCUUUAUGUUGCUCGGAGGGAAGCACAUGCGGAAUUCCAACCGAGACAGUUAUCAGCACAGUGAGCCUCACUGAGAUAGUCACUGUGACGCCCGCUCCGAUGACCGCAACAAAUAGCGAAAGUGGAAUCCGGUCAAACACCGGGAUUCCCCAAGCUACCUCGACGGACGCCAAUGAUGAAGAUACUCCCAUCGGCACUAUUGUUGGCGGCGUAAUCGGGGGUGCAGCGCUGCUUCUGUUGGUUGUGCUCGUUCUUCUCUUGGGCUAUCGGAGGGAUUGGUUCAAGAAAGCACCUUUGAACGCCAUACCUACCACUACUGGUAAUGUGGCGAGCAACGAAUACAACCCGAUUCCCACUUCCGGUCCGAUAUCACCGAUCUUUAUCGGGUCGCAUUCAUCCAUGGGAACUCCGUCGAACAGCUGGGCGCGUGUUAUGUAUCCUCAGCCUGCCCCGAGUAGCCGUCCAGCGUCGGAAGUCCAGCAGAGUAAUGAUUACUAUGAAAUGCCUUUGGACCGUCAAGAUUAA